ACCAACCGCGACCAACAAUACGUCAGUUUUAAUGUAUUUCACUCGAUUUCUUCGCGCAUUUUGAACCUUCCAAGUUUGCAUACUAUUGAAAAUCAGAUAUUUUCAACGACACUUUUCAAUUUUUUACGCUUUUUUGCGAUGUUGUUCUGUGCAAGCCGAUGUUGUGGCCUGCUUAAUUUUUCAUCAUCUUCUGGGACUUGCCCGAAAUGGCACGCACUUCAAAUCGCCUCCAGAUUUUCUUGAAGAGUUAGAAUCAUUAAUUAUGGCUACACCUCAGCACGCUUUACUCGCUUGUUGUGGGAGUGUUGGUCAAUGUUGUGGCACUAUUGCUGGUGUGUGGUAUUUAUGCUUAGCCAUACUUGUUUUAGUGCUUUUGAUUUCUUGCAAUGAUAUUUUAAUGUCUCGCUGUUAUAUCAUUGGGUUCCCCUGGAGCAAAAUGAAAUUAUACCAUGUACAUGAAAUAAUUUGUGAUGAAGAAAUUCAAGUCUUGCUUGUUUUAAAUGACAGUGACAAUGAUGGUCAACUAUCUUUGGAACAGAUAAACAAACCACCGCCUCCUCCCCCCUAUUCAGCCAUUUAGAAUUUUUAGUCAUUCUUAAAAUGUAAAAAUGUUGACUACAUGAUUCGUGAGAUGAGAUCAUCAGAUGAAACUUCAUUGGAAAAUCUUUUUCUACAUGUUUCAAAUAAACAAUAGUAAACUAAAUCUGAUUCUGCUUUUAUUUCAUCAUCGAUUUAGUUUCAUUGGAACUUGGAUCUCUAUCUUUAAAAAUAUCGGCCGAAAAUGCUAUUUCCUGUUAUCGUUGCCUGCGAAGGGGCUCUACUGCUGACGCCAGCCGGGUAGGCAACCUAACUGCCAUUUGGGCCAAGUGGGUUGCGAGCUCUCGCUGUCUGCAUAACUUGCAGAACCGGCUCGCACGGAAUGACGUCACACGCGACUGUCUUCUGGGUCCUGUCUCCUCUCCCCUCUUCCUCACUUGAUGCACAACAACCAAAGGUCUUUAA